UAACGCUGCCUCGUCGUUCAGAGUUUGUCCAAUGAGCGCUCGAGCUUUUAGGAUCGUGGGCGUGUACCUCCGCACUUCGUGUUGCUGUGUUUUCCGACGGUGGCACGGCUGGUAGUUGCACAGCUUAUGCUAAAACAAGCACCAGCCGCGUAUUUUCUCUCUCCACGACGACACUUUUAACCUUGUAAAGUCAACAGCUUCACCGCAAUGAAAAUGCCACCUCCACCGCGUCACAGAGCGAUGCGUGUCUUUAUGAACGGGGACCGCCACGUCAUGGCCAAACAUUCGGCCAUCUAUCCAACCCAGGAGGAGCUGGAAAGUGUCCAGAACAUGGUGUCCCACACGGAGCGUGCUCUCAAAGCUGUUUCUGAUUGGCUGGAUAAAGAGGAAAAGGGAACUACUAAGUCUGAAUUUGAAGGCACAGAAGCUGACAAAGACAGUGAGCAGAAGGAUCAGGCCACUCGUACUCUGCGUGGUGUGAUGAGGGUGGGCCUGGUGGCUAAAGGUUUGCUGCUGAAAGGAGAUCUGGACCUAGAGCUGGUUCUUCUCUGUAAGGACAAGCCUACCAUCGGUCUGCUGGAGCGAGUGUCUGAUAACCUUAUUGCACAGAUACAGGCAAUAACAGAAGAUAAAUAUAUCGUAACGCAGAAUAUCAGUGAUGCCAGCAUCAUUAUCCAGAACACAAAGGAGCCCCCCCUCACGCUCACUAUUCACCUCACAUCCCCUCUGGUCCGUGAAGAGAUAGAGAAGGCUACUGCCGGAGAAACGCUUUCAGUCAUCGAGCCUCCGGAUGUUCUGGACAGGCAGAAAUGCCUAACUGCCUUGGCAUCUCUACGCCACGCUAAGUGGUUCCAGGCCAGAGCCAACGGACUGCGCUCUUGCGUCAUCGUCAUCCGGAUCCUAAGGGACCUGUGCACCCGAGUCCCUACAUGGGCCCCGCUCCGUGGCUGGCCGCUGGAGCUGAUCUGUGAGAAAGCGAUCGGCACAGGAAACCGACCCAUGGGGGCGGGUGAAGCUCUGCGGAGAGUUUUAGAGUGUCUUGCUUCAGGGAUCCUCCUGCCAGAUGGGCCUGGUAUUUACGACCCCUGUGAGAAGGACCCUACUGAUGCCAUCGGUCACUUGGAUCAGCAGCAGCGGGAAGACAUCACACUGAGCGCACAACAUGCUUUAAGGCUGUCAGCUUUUGGGCAGCUUCACAAAGUGCUGGGAAUGGACCCUCUACCCUCAAAAAUGCCCAAAAAGCCCCGCAGUGAUACCCCCAUUGAUUACACAGGUACAGCACCCUGUCGUUUUGGAGUGCAAAUCCCGCCCAGCACGGCGUACGCCCCACCCAUGAAGAGGCCUAUAGAGGAAGAGGAGGGACCCGAUGACAAGAGUCCAAACAAAAAGAAGAAAAAGCUGCAGAAGAAAUCUGCAGAUGAAAAAGCUGAACCACCUCAGGCUAUGAACGCCUUAAUGCGGCUCAAUCAGCUGAAACCAGGCCUCCAGUAUAAGCUGAUAUCCCAAACUGGUCCAGUUCACGUUCCGGUAUUCACUAUGGCUGUGGAGGUGGACGGAAAGUCGUUUGAAGCUUCAGGUCCAUCGAAGCGCACGGCCAAGCUGCACGUAGCCGUCAAGGUGCUGCAGGACAUGGGCCUACCCACCGGGGUGGAAGUGAAGAGUGAACCGACUGUUAAAGUGGAAGAAACAGCGGUAGCAGUCACAGCAGAAGAAGUGCAGCCGCCAGCGACGCCCACCGAAUCUUCCUCUGCCACCACUGCAGCAGCGCCGCCUGCUGCCACCGAAGCUACAGAGACCACUCGCCAACAGGGACCAAUCCUGACUAAACACGGCAAGAACCCCGUCAUGGAGCUGAACGAGAAGAGGCGGGGCCUCAAGUACGAGCUCAUCUUGGAGACGGGCGGCAGUCACGACAAACGCUUCGUCAUGGAGGUGGAGAUAGAUGGGCAGAAGUUCCAGGGCACAGGAUCCAAUAAGAAGGUGGCCAAGGCGUACGCAGCGCUGGCUGCCCUGGAGAAGCUUUUCCCUGAAGGCUCUGUUCCUGAGCCGUCCAAGAAGAAGAAGGGACCACCCAUGCACCCAUCUUUUGGCCUGAUGGGAGGCGUGGAAGCCGGUGCUCCCAGAGGCAGAGGUAGAGGAGGACGAGGCCGAGGAAGAGGCAGAGGCUUCAACAAUGGCGGAGGCUACGGCCAAGGAGGUGGUUUUGGAACGUACGGAUACGGUAACAGCACCAACUCUGGAUACAAUUACUAUGACAACGAUGGAGCAAAUGGAGGAGCCGGGGUGUCUGGAAGCCUUUCAGGAGGCCCUCCGUUCAGCUCCCCCGAAGCGCCGGCUCCAAGCUCCUAUGCUUCCUAUUACCAGAAUGAAGGCUCCUACACGCCCCAAGCAGCCAGCAAAAUGCCCAAAAAGAAACCCCCCGGGCUGAAGGGGGGAAAGGGAAACAUUCCAGGUCCCCCUAGGGGCCCCGCUGGGCCUCCAGGAGGCUAUAUGUCAGGGCCCCCUGCAGGGCAGGGCCCGUACAGCCAGUAUGGGCCGGUAAAGAAGAGCUUCAACCAGAACCAGGGCGUCGCAGGCGGUUACUCCUACAGCACCGCCUACCCCAGCCAGGUGACGGGAGGGGCUGGUCCUGGAGGGAACCAGGACUACGGCUAUGAAGGCUUCAGCUCCCCUCCCAGUUACAGCGGACAGGGAGUGGCCAACCAGGGCUUCGGCCCCAACCACAGCCAGUACCACACCCCGGGCUUCGGCCGAGGCGACGGCAACAUGAACUACCAGUAUAGAUAAGCUGUUAGCGCUCAUGUCUGAACCAGUGACACCCUGCAUCCGUGUCUCCAAACCUUUUCCACAGAGAGUGACGGACGACCUGCCUCUGCUCUUUGCCUUCUCCAUGUUUGCUUCCUAUGUGCUUUCAGAUUUAGAUGUAGCACAUGUUGGCACACUUUUUGAGAUUUGUGGACUUUUUAAAUUAGUGGUCUGUUUCAAUGGUAUGAUCUGUUUUCGGUUUAUAUUUAUUUUUGUAAGCUUUUGCUCUUGGUCUUUGCCACUACAUAUGAAAAUGGAUGUGAUGCACCUAUUUUUAAGUCCAGACUUUAGUUUCUUUUUAUUUUAAUUUUAAUGGCUGGAAGAAUCGGAGACAACUUCAAGUAAAAAAAAAAAAAAGUAGUUUAACCAAUGUUUUGAUUUUGUUGCUCCAUUGUUUUGGUAGCUUUAAUAUGUA